AUGGAUAAGAUCCCCCAGUUUCGCCGGAAGCCCAAACCUCCGGUCAUCGAGACGUCCAUCGACCGCAGGGCCAGCAUCGCCACCGAGAAUCCUGCGACUGCGUGGCCCGUCGAAGCGCGCGAGAGACAGCCCGCCCUCCGAACUCACUCCAACGACACCGUCGGCCGUCGUGGUGGCUCAAGAUGGCAUCCAGUCGCCAAGGCUCGCCCGGCCAGCAUCGCAGCCCGCGCAACACAAAUCGCCGCCUGUGCAGGAUCGCCGGAGGAGCGUCAACCAGCUGCCACCCGCUCUGCCGCUAUUUUUGUCGCUGUCGCAGCAUGUAACUUACUCGAACGCCCCGCUAACAACACGCGCGCUACCGCAGAUAUCGACACCAAGUUCCAGGAACUCACCUGGGCCGAACGGGUUCGCGUUUCGCAGGGCAUGCGAGACGACGGCCAGGCAGAUCCGCGAUGGGCGCUGUACAGACACGUAGAAACGCACGAAAAGAUGGACCGAUACGUUAAUAUCAAACCCUGGGCUUACAACCGAGUCAAGCUUCGUGUCCCGGAAGGCGAGAUCGAUUAUGUCAACGCUUCUGCCAUUACUCUUUCGUCCCCGUCCGACCCUAGCAAACCACCGCUGCGUUACAUCGCCAUGCAGGGCCCUACCAUUCCCUCAAUCGACUACGUUUGGCGCAUGAUUGCGGAACAAAGCCCUUCUCACGCAGUCAUUGUUCAGCUGACGAAUAUGGUGGAGCUUGAUGUGAUCAAGUGUGACCAGUAUUUUCCUAUGGGAGAAGAGCUUCCCACCGGCGGACGGGAUACCGUCUGGGGGAUCAACGAUUACAACGACGCAUGGGGCGACAACUGGAGAGCAGAUCUUACCUUUGUGUCUGUGGAGCAGCUUGCCAGGGGUGCCAUUGAGAGGCGCAAGUUGCUCUUCCACGUCCAUGGCGAAAGAGAACCGCGUGUUGUGUGGCACUUCCUCUACAAACGCUGGCCUGAUUUUGGUGUCCCGACGGCAGAGGAUCUGGAUGGCUUUCUGGAACUAAUGAAGCUGUCCCGCCAACACAGCACACCAUCCACGCCUCGCAUCAUCCACUGCAGCGCCGGAGUCGGUCGAACAGGUACCUUCAUUGCCCUCGAGCACUUAAUGAGAGAGCUCGAUUCUGGCGUUCUGGCGAGAUAUGAUAUGCCCUCAGAGCGUUCCGACCUUGUCUAUGAUGUGGUUGAUAUCCUUCGUCAGCAGCGUAGGGGCAUGGUCCAAGGCGAACUUCAAUAUCGCUUCAUCUACCAAGUUAUGCUUAAGCUCUGGCAAGAAAAAUACGGCAUCGUGGACGAGGGGACCGGCAGCCGUGAACCAGCAGCUAAGAGACUUGAGGUUGCGAGUCCCUUUGUGGGUAACGGUCGGCCUGGGACAAACUAG